AUGAUGAGGUCCCCGAAAUUCCAUCUCCUCCUCAUCCUGUCCCUCUCCAUGGCGUCCGUGCUCCGUGGCUCCCCUGUCCCUCCUCCGAAGGGAGCUGGAAAAUCCGAUUGUUUUCUCCUCCUGUCGAGCUUCUGCCCACCCCGGCCGGCCCCGGGAGACACGCUCGAUUUUCUGAAGCCCGCUUUGGAGAAGAUGCUGAUGAAAAGGUCUUUCCGCAACGGGGUUGGCAUGGGGAUGAAAAAAACUUCCUUUCAAAGAGCAAAAUCAUGACCAAGUGUGCAAAGAACGCUGGGAACGGAUC